AUGCUCCGCAUAUUUCGCUACCGCAAAGAAAACGGUGGGCAAGAUGGUAGAUUGACUGCUUUUUUGCGUGAUGCCAAAGGCCAGCUGAGACUGUUUUCAAUAGCAAUGCUGAUGCUGUGCGUUGCAACCUUUGUUGUUGUUGUCUCGUUUUGCUUCUACCCCGGUAACUCAUCAGAUACUUCCGAGGUGGUACCGCACCCACUUUCACGGACGCAGGAAAGAAAACAGGCACAUAAGUCCUCCGCCUCUGUAGAUUCAGGUGCGCGGUUUUGGCUAAGUGGAUCAUGGGGUAGCGUCUUGCGCGUGCCAGAUGGAUGCUGGGUGCAUCCCCGUUUUGAAAGUUUUGCGUUUGCAUGCCAACGAAAAGAAACAGGUAAUCAGUCUCUGGUCGUCACGAUGGAGUUAAUGCCGCUCUUGAUUUUGCAUAAGGUUUAUUGUCUUGCUUGUGACACACUGUUCCAAAGAUUGACAGGGGUGCGUGUAGUAUCUGAUGAGUUAAACUCACGGAGCCAUACAAUAGAGAAACGGGGCGUACAAAUUGUGGAAGUUACGCUGCCCCCAAUCUCGGUGUCGUGCAGAAUGUAUGGGGGUAAUGAAAAAGAUGAAUGGGGAAUUCAAAUAAAUGGUCAGAAUCCAUCAACUUGUUUAGUUCGGUUCGAUAUACUUGCUUCACUUAAGGUUAAAGACGAGAGGGUGGUACAUUCUGUUCCACCCAUCUGCUUUGCUGCCGUUGGCGACUGGGGGUCUCCAAAGUCGGAUCAGGCCAUCGUCAUUAACCAACUCACCCGACUGAUGCAGCGCCAUUGGGUGAAAUUCAUUGUUUCUACGGGGGAUAAUUUCUACCCGAGGGGAGUCCGUUCAACUCGGGACUCGGCAUGGGUGAACACUUUUGAGCGUCCUUUCUCAGAUACAAGAUUCCAUAGGCUGCCGUUUCUUAUUUCUGUGGGAAACCACGACUUAGGAGGGAAGGUGUCGGCGCAGGUGAUGUACGGGAAGGCGAACGCAAGAUGGUUCUUUCCGGCACCUUACUUUGGCGUCACCAUCCCUCUCAUUAAUCAGUGCGAGGAACCGAAGGCAGCGACCGGGAGUGGUGGUCCGGUAGAAGAAGCCGCGGCGUCAUGUGUGGCUGACUUGCUAGACGUUUUUGUCAUGAAUAGCUAUGAUGACCGGUCGUGGGGACAGCAAGUGCGGAGUGGAGAGGCGUUCUUCGCCUCUUGCUCCAAGGAUGCACGGCAACACCGCUGGCGGUUAGUGGUGAAUCAUGAGGCCCUUUUUUCAGGGGGGUUACACGGAGUCUUCCGAUCACGUAACUCGCCGUUUCGUGAGCGUAUGUUGCCAUUUGUUGCUCAGCACCAAAUCCAUAUGUACCUCAACGGGGAUGAUCAUCUGCUGGAGGUGCACCACUUUAAUGGGACGGAUUUUUUCACCACUGGGGCUGGUGGUGGCUCUUUGCGCUACCAGAGCGAGAAAAGGUUUCCGACGACUGUGUGGCGCCCCGAAAUGGUGCCCGGUAUGAAUGGAGACGGAGAGAGGUACGUGCUGGGGCCCACGCUGCACUGUAUGUCACCAUUCUCGGAUGUGCUAACGACAGUGUUGUACAAUGUUAGUGAGCAACAUCAGGAGGAAGUAUACCGUCACACCACGCGUUACAAGCGAGGAGGUUAG